CUGAGUCACUGACUGCUCAUGUUUGGAUUCUCAUCACUCAAACCAUAUGGAGAGCAAGAGAAGGGAAAUACAACCAUUUCAAGAUCUUCAGGAGCUUGUAAGCACUGACCUCUGGCUCAAAGAACAACUCCAUCUGGAGGGAUUAUGAUUAACAUUUAAACUGACCAUGAAACAUGGUCAAAUAGUUCUGAAAUAUUUUUUUGGUUUAAAGCUUGUGUUUGUCAAACGAUGAUAAACAAACUGACUUCAUGAACAUUACUGAGUCAGAACAUCAGUGAAGCAGCACAGAACAUGGAUACAACUUCUGAGACGGAAUACACCUCAUCCAUCCCACCAAUGUAUACAGCCCCUCCCCCUCACAGUUUUCUGCACUUCUUCUCGGAGUACCUGGACAACUCUGUGAUUGUGGAACAUUACAAUUACACAGGCAAACUGAAGAACCGCUGUGAGGGGCUGAAGCCAGAGAGCAUCGUCUUCUUGGUGGUCUGUUUGCUCAUUGUACUGGAGAACGCAGUGGUGCUUAUUGCCAUCUGGAGGAACAAAAAGUUCCACUUGCCCAUGUACUAUCUGUUGGGGAACCUGACCCUGUCAGACCUGUUAGCUGGAAUCACAUACAUGGCCAACAUCGUCAUGUCUGGACCUAACUCUCUAAAACUGACCCCUCUGCUAUGGUUCAUCAGAGAGGGAGGGGUCUUCAUCACCCUUGCGGCCUCUGUGAUCAGUUUAUUGGCCAUUGCCAUUGAGCGCCAUGUUACUAUGGUGACCAUGAGGCCGUAUCACGGCGCAAAGAAGGGGCGGAUGCUGGCACUCAUCGGAGCAAGUUGGGCCCUUUCAGGAUUCUUGGGAGUCCUGCCCAUUUUGGGUUGGAACUGUAUGCACAGACUGGAGCAGUGCUCCACCGUCCUGCCCCUCUACUCCAAAAGCUACAUCCUCUUCUGUGUGUCCGUGUUCACCGCAGUUUUACUGGCCAUUGUGGUUCUGUACAUAAGAGUUUUCCGUAUUGUCCGCAACAACACACAGCGUCAAAAACUGACAUACACUGGGAGUGUAAGGAAAGGUUUAGCCCGAAAGUCACAGAAGUACAUCGCCCUCCUGAAGACAGUCACCAUCGUUUUGGGAGUCUUCAUUGCCUGCUGGAUGCCCCUCUUCAUCCUCCUGCUCCUGGAUUUUGUGUGCCCUACAGGCAGCUGUCGUGUGCUCUAUAAGGUGGAGUAUUUCCUGGGAGUUGCCAUUGUCAACUCCCUCCUCAACCCUAUCAUCUACACCCUGACCAGUAAGGACAUGAGGAGAGCCAUCCUGAGGCUGCUCUGCAGACCGUGCCUAAUCACCAGUGAUGGACAGGUGAAGAAGCUGGGCAUGCCUUUCCUUGAGUGCAGCUUUAGUAAAACUGAAGUAGCAUCACAGAAGUUAGAGGGUGGCCUGGAGACCACCAUCUCCUCUGGAAAUGUUAUCACCACACCUGUGUCUCCAAUAAAGACCCUCUACCCAAAACUUAUCAAGUGAUAAACCAAAUUCAGAAGUAAAUGACUGAAUUACAAGCCACAGAAACACUAUUAUGAUUAGACCUGUAAAAAUAGUGGACUGUAAAGUACAGCGCAUCAAUUAUGCAAUGCACAAAAGUUGUAGGUGCAAACAAGAUGUGAACCUAAACUUGUAAAUGAAAUGAAUACCUAAUUUGCACUGAAAAUCAGUACCAAGCUAUGAAGUAAAGUAACUGCAUCUGAACAAAUACAGACCCAGGUCAAUUAAUAGGCUGGUUCCUGGUGAACCAAAGUGGCUGUGUAUCCCUUUUUUAUAUUUUGUAUGCGUCUUUUCUUCAUGUGUUGACACAGUGUGAAAUGACAGCAUCUGCACCAACCUGGAUCUCGCAGGUCGAGCCCAUGGUGGGUUCUUGAUCAUUUUGCAUAUUUCUUUAAAGCCUGUUUGUGGCUGUAGAAAAAAAGAGUACAGACAUUUCAUGACAAAAAAUGCGCCUAAUCUCAUUUUAGUUAAAUGUUUGAAAUUACAAUCUUCUGCUUGUUUGAAACAUUUGAUGCACUGUGGAAAAGUGGUUUGGGUUUUUCCCAUUUACUUAAAGGUCACGGUGAUUUUCUAGUUAGUAUAUAGCACCAAUACUUUGUUUCUGUGUUCAUCUGUGUGAAGUUAAAAUAAACUCAUGAUUUCAUAUUUCUUGUAUAAUACAUAUUUUUGUUAAAUUAUUGUGUACCCAUGAUGAUGCUAUUGUCCAGACGGAACAUGUGUAUAGUGGCAGUGUAUAGCUUGUGUUGUAAACGUUUUUUUUAUAGUAUUUUAAAGAUUUUCUAUCUCAUCUGUUGUAAAAUGUAGCAGCAACAAACUAUUGUUCUUUUUAUAAAAGAAAUACAUUUUUCCACUCAA